AUGGCGGCUGUUGUGAACAUGGAAAGUUCUGAGAGACAAGACUUACUCAAGGGAGACAAUAAUAAGGGAGAUAAUCAUGUUGGAAUAUUUCGUUUUAAAGCUGAAGAUAUGACUAAACUGGGUUAUUACUAUCUCAGCGACGACAAAUACAAAGUGAACGGUCUACACUGGAGCUGUAGUGUGAAACGAUUCCAAGAUGGACAAUUCCAGGUCGCGUUAGAACUUCUUCCGAAUGAUAACCCUUUGUUGAAGUCAUGUUUACUGGACUUUAGGGUGAUUCUGUUAAACACCAACACGGCUAUAAACACCACGCUGGUGUUUGAAUCUCACAGAAAGCUGAUAGUAGGACGUAAGCACGUUGGCUUAGAGAGUGUUUUAGACUGGAAUAUCUUGACUGAUCAAAAGCAAGGUUUUGUGGACGCCAAUGGCAAGUUUAUACUUGUUUUAGAGAUUCAAAAAUUACGCGAGAUAAAAAGUGAUCUGAAGAUAAUUUUUAUAAUUUUAAUGAUGAUGGUUUUUAUGUUGAUUGUGAUGACCCUGCUGUAUAGGUUAGAUCAGACCGAAACAUCUACCUUAGAUAACUAUUAAAUAACUAUAACUAUCACAGGCUGUAAUAGGGACAGAUGUUUCGGACUACUUAUACCUUGACUGCAAAGUUUGUACAUCCGCAAUUUGAUCGGAUUGUGAAUACAGCCUUUCAGAGCCUUCGACAGAAAGAAUGUAAACAAUAAGUGCUUGUGAAUAUGAAAUUAGACAAAUAUAAAAUAUACGAUAGUCAUAAUAUGGCGUGUAGGCUACGUUUCACAACUCAUCCGCUAUGUCACUUUGAAAUUGCUUAAACAGGGUUACUUGACACAUAGACUUCAAACUUCAGUUAGGAAAUUUUAUGGUAUUUAUAACGAACUUCUGGACAAAUAUGACAAAAUUGUUUCUUGCAUCUUGACUGAUUUAUUUGGUCAGACAUGAAUUAGUGUCGGGUGACGGGCG